CACGCGGCGCCAAUACACUGCAGACGUGGUCGAAACAGGACGCAUUGAAGAUUAUGUCGGCCAGUACGCAAGGCGUAUACAUUCUCAUAUUUUUUAUGGUGACACCGGAUGCCGCUCCUUUCACUGCACGUUCUCCUGUAUGUAACAUGGCCUGCAAGCCUAAUGAAAGACCAAGCUGCCUCACAAAAAGCCCAAAUUCUGCUUUCAGUAUGAAAUGCUGUCCAAAACAGUGGCGGUGUUUGUAUUGUUGGUCUAGUAGUUGCCCGAAUUUCGAAUCGCUCACUUGCAGUAAUUCUCGGGGCAUCUGCAAAUGCUUUUGCAAGUUUCCAGCCGGCGCAUCUUUUCCGGCAAAGCAACCACUACAACAACGCCGAUACCACUCGCCAUCUCGCAGGAGGCCUUGAGCACCUGAUUGGGGCUUGAAGUGAGUGCGUACGCCACG